AUGAAGAGCUCCGUGUCUUUGUCCCUUCUCUUGCCUCUGGCAUCCAUUGCCGCCGCCGCCGGCAUCCCCAGCGGCCCAGCCAAGACAUACGCAGACUGCCAAAAGAAGACCUGCGAUAACCCCCUCGACGGCUGUCCCCCCAACACAAUUUUCGUCAGCAAGUCCUCCUCCAAGGCGAACUUCACCACCAUCCAGGCCGCCAUCGCCUCCCUCCCCAACAACACGGACGCCUACACCAUCCUCAUCGCCCCGGGCAAUUACACCGAGCAGCUCAAUGUCACACGCCAAGGCCCGUUGACCCUCCUGGGCAUGACGGACCGGCCCGCCUCGUCCCGUUUGUACGCCGACGUCAGCCUCAACACCACCGCCUCCAACAAGAACGAGGUCCAGAUCUGGUGGAACGCCGCCAACCACAACGUCGCCUUCCCCGACAACGCCUACACCAGCGUCCUGACCGUCGGCCCCAACCUCAACGCCACCCUCACCGGCUCCGGCCCCACGGGCUUCCCCGUGCCCGACGACACACCUUUUGGAUGCUCGGACUUCCGCGCCUACAACAUCGACUUCAGGAACGACGAGUACCCCUUCUCCAACGGCCCUGCGCACGCCGUCGGUGUCAGCAGGGCCAACGCGGGCUUCUACUCCUGCGGCCUGUACAGCUACCAGGAUACCCUCUACGUCGGCAAGCUCGGCAAUGCCUACUUUUACGACAACGUCAUUGCUGGCCAGACGGAUUUCUUGUACGGCUUCGGCACCGCCUACAUUGAGAAGUCGACCCUUUCCCUCCGCAACUGCGGUGGUGGCAUCACUGCCUGGAAGGGAACCAACACGACGUUCGAGAAUAAGUACGGCGUCUACAUCUCCGACUCCCAGCUCAUCGCCGCCAACUCUUCCAUCGCGCCGGUCAUCAAGGGUGCCUGCCCCCUCGGCCGCCCCUGGAACGCCCAACACCGCUCCAUCUUCAUGGAGUCCUACUUUGACGCGAGCAUCAAACCUGAAGGCUACAUCCCCUGGGGUACCACAGACCCCCGCACCAACAACUACACCUUCAUGGCGGUGUACAACGACAGAGGCCCCGGCUGGACGCCUACCCAGAUGGCUGCCAGCGGCGUCACGUACGUGCUCAACGAGACAGCGGUCGAGCCGUACAGGAAUCCCGUUGAUGUCUUCCAGACUGAGGACGGCAAGAACGGAUUCAUUUCCUGGAUUGAUCAGAGUGUAUUGCGGUCAUGA